GAGAAGCGGAGGGUCACUGUUCGGCUCAAGGGCGUCUCGGCAUCUGAGGUCGGACGAUCACAGAGUCGGAUCUUGAAGCCUGGGCGGCAAAACCUUCUGGUUCCAGCGGGCUGUUCCACCUUAAGGCGCGCGCAGCCCAGGCCCCGCCCCCGCGGCGCCGCGCAGGCGUGUCCCAGCCACCCCCGCGCGCCGAACCGGGGCGGGGCGAGGCGGGCGAACUCGGGCCCCGAGCCGCGGAGUGAGGUCGCUCCCGCCUUCCCGGCGCCAGCUCCCGGGGACGCGAUGGAGCCCCGGGCGGUGGCGGACGCCGUCCAAACGGGGGAGGAGGACGUGGUUAUGGAGGCUCUGCGCGCGUACAACCGGGAGGGGGCAAGUGUGCGGGCCGCCGUCUGUUCGGAGCGGCGCUGCAGCCUCGGGCCUUGUCUCGGAGCCCGGGACCUGCUCGUGCGGACCUGCGGCCCCUGAGCCCCGGGUCUCCCUACAGAACUCCCAGAGCUUCACGUUUGAUGACGCCCAGCAGGAGGACAGGAAGAGACUGGCGGAGCUACUGGCCUCGGUCUUGGAGCAGGGUUUGCCACCGUCCCGUCGCGUCACCUGGCUGCAGAGCAUCCGCAUCCUGUCCAGGGACCGCAGCUGCCUGGACCCGUUCAUCAGCCGCCAGAGCCUGCAGGCUCUCGCCUACUGUGCUGGCAUCUCCGCCUCCGGGGGAUCGGUCCCCGAGCCCCUGGACAUGGACGUUGUCCUCGAGUCUCUCAAGUGCCUGUGCAAUCUUGUGCUCAGCAGCCCGGUGGCACAGGUGCUGGCGGCGGAGGCCCGCCUGGUGGUGAGGCUCGCAGAGCGCGUGGGGCUCUACCGCGAGAGCAGCUUCCCGCACGACGUCCAGUUCUUUGACUUGCGUCUCCUCUUCUUGCUAACUGCGCUUCGCACCGACGUGCGCCAGCAGCUGUUUCAGGAGCUGCAGGGAGUGCGCUUGCUGACUGAUGCGCUGGAGCUGACCCUGGGAAUGAGCUCUGAAGAGAGCCCCCCUGAGCUCCUUCCUCCCCAGGAGACUGAGCGGGCCAUGGAGAUCCUUAAAGUGCUCUUCAACAUUACUUUCGACUCCAUCAAGAGAGAGGUGGACGAGGAAGAUGCUGCCCUUUACCGGCACCUGGCAACCCUCCUGCGGCACUGUGUGAUGGUCACUGCUGCUGGAGACCGCACAGAAGAGUUCCACGGCCACACAGUGAACCUGCUGGGGAACUUGCCCCUCAAGUGUCUGGACGUCCUCCUGACCCUGGAGCCGCACGAAGGCUCCCUGGAGUUCCUGGGAGUGAACAUGGAUGUGAUUUGUGUCCUCCUCAGCUUCUUGGAGAAGCGUCUGCACCAGACGCACAGGCUGAAGGAAAGCGUGGCCCCAGUGCUCAGCGUGCUGACGGAGUGUGCCCGCAUGCACCGCCCCGCCAGGAAGUUCCUGAAGGCCCAGGUGCUGCCCCCACUGCGGGACGUGAGGACCCGGCCUGAGGUCGGGGAACUGCUACGGAACAAGCUUGUUCGCCUCAUGACACACCUGGACACCGACGUGAAGAGGGUGGCAGCCGAGUUCCUGUUUGUUCUGUGCUCGGAGAGCGUGCCCCGGUUCAUCAAGUACACCGGCUAUGGGAACGCCGCCGGCCUCCUGGCUGCCAGGGGCCUCAUGGCUGGGGGCCGGCCUGAGGGCCAGUACUCGGAGGACGAGGACACGGACACAGAUGAGUACAAGGAAGCCAAGGCCAGGAGAGUGAGUUUCUUGCCAGUCCAGGCCCAAGCAGGAAGAUGUGGGGCCCCACCAGCCCCUGGCAGCCCCUUCUGUCCUGGAGAGUCACUAAUGAUACCCCACCCCCCUCCUCUGGGAAGCAGCAUAAACCCAGUGACCGGGAGGGUGGAGGAAAAGCCACCAAACCCCAUGGAGGGCAUGACGGAGGAACAGAAGGAGCAUGAGGCCAUGAAGCUGGUGAACAUGUUUGACAAGCUCUCAAGGCACAGAGUCAUCCAGCCCAUGGGGAUGAGUCCUCGGGGUCACCUGACAUCCCUGCAAGAUGCCAUGUGCCAGACCAUGGAGGGGCAGCUCUCCUCAGACCCCGACUCGGACCCUGAUUGAGGAUGGCCGCUCUUCCACUCCCCCUUCAGAACUGGUGCUGCUUCCAGAGACGUCCUUGGGGCUGUGACCAGGGAAGCCACAGCCCUCCCUCCACCUUCUCUUUUCUCUCAAAGUUCUGUUCACAGUUUGCCUCUGGUCCAAUUUCUUAACUCUAGGACUGCGAGGGUCUUGUCCUGCUACAGCUCUGAUAACUCAGCCUUCACUUUCACAAACGCAGUGGUUUCUUUCACAUGUGCAAAGGCUGCUGCCUGGACACACAAAUGAGCGUGUGUUUGGGGGACCAAGGGCUGAGCGUGGGUGCACGCAGACGAAAGCACUUCCACAGUGAGCCCAGACCAGUGUGUGGGGCAAGCACUGCAUUUCACAGGGUAAAAGAACCUGCUAGAACUUUAUAUACCAACAUCAGAAACACACUUCCAAGGUAUGCUCUGCUGGUUCCCCACUGAGCACAGGGCCAGUGGGCUCCUCCCAUUCUUGGUCCUGGCUCAGCCACCUGCUGUGGGUCCACAGCACCUGAGUUCUCACCGGUUGUGACAAGUGAAUCUUGAUCCCUCCCACUAGCUUAAACCAUAAAUACAUGAAGGAAAUAUCCUUUGUAAAACCAUAAAUCUAGACUUAUAUGAUGCACCACACAGUGUCUCAAAGACAUCAUCCUGCAAUAAAGAGUUUCGGGCAAGAA